UCUUACUUCCUCGGUUCCUUUCUUAAGAAACUUGGUCCCCCCAAUUCCUUUUCCUCUCCGGCUUUCUUUGUUCUUACUAUUCUGUAUCACAUCACCGACUCCGAGUUUCAAGUCAACACCACCUUGAACUCUUACCCAUCCCCACGACAUCAUCCUUUUACCGUCCUUGCUUUGAGUGCUAGGUACUAGAUAUCCACGACAUCUGCUACACACACUACAGUUGUGUUGUCUCGCGUUUUAAUCCUUAUUAUACCCUUUUAACGUUUUUCACACCACAACCGCCCAAAAUGGCUGCCAACAACAUGGUCAACCCCGCCGUGGAUGCCGCUCUCGAGGACGAGCUUUUCGCCAAGGAGGUCGAGGAGGUCAAGAAGUGGUGGAGCGACUCGCGCUGGAGGCAAACCAAGCGCCCUUUCACCGCUGAGCAGAUCGUCUCCAAGCGUGGAAACCUCAAGAUCGAGUAUGCCAGCAAUGCCCAAGCGAAGAAGCUUUGGAAGAUCCUCGAGGACCGCUUCGCUAAGCGCGAUGCCUCUUACACAUACGGCUGCUUGGAGCCUACCAUGGUGACUCAGAUGGCCAAGUACCUCGAUACCGUUUACGUUUCCGGCUGGCAAUCAUCCUCGACCGCCUCCUCUGCUGACGAGCCCGGCCCGGAUCUUGCUGACUACCCCUACACCACCGUCCCCAACAAGGUUGGCCACCUCUUCAUGGCCCAGCUCUUCCACGACCGCAAGCAGCGCCAGGAGCGUCUCUCCGUGCCCAAGUGCCAGCGCGAGAAGCUCGCCAACAUUGACUACCUCCGCCCCAUCGUUGCCGAUGCCGAUACCGGUCACGGUGGUCUUACCGCCGUCAUGAAGCUCACCAAGCUCUUCAUUGAGAAGGGUGCUGCCGGUAUUCACAUUGAGGACCAGGCCCCUGGUACCAAGAAGUGCGGCCACAUGGCCGGCAAGGUCCUCGUCCCCAUCCAGGAGCACAUCAACCGCCUCGUUGCCAUCCGUGCCCAGGCUGAUAUCAUGGGCUCCGACCUCCUCUGCAUUGCCCGUACCGAUGCCGAGGCCGCCACCCUCAUCACCACCACUAUCGACCCCCGCGACCACGCUUUCAUCCUCGGCUGCACCAACCCCGACCUCGAGCCCCUCGCUGACCUCAUGAUGAAGGCUGAGGCCGAAGGCAAGAACGGUGCCCAGCUCCAGGCCAUCGAGGACGACUGGCUCGCUAAGGCCAACCUCAAGCGCUUCGACGAGGCCGUCCUUGACGUCAUCGCCAAGGGCAACUUCUCCAACGCCAAGGACCUUGCCGCCAAGUACCAGGCCGCCGUCAAGGGCAAGCAGAUCUCCAACCGCGAGGCCCGCGCCAUCGCCCGCCAGCUCCUGGGCCAGGAGAUCUUCUUCGACUGGGACUCCGCCCGUACCCGCGAGGGUUACUACCGCCUCAAGGGUGGCUGCGACUGCUCCAUCAACCGCGCCAUCUCCUACGCCCCCUACUGCGACGCCAUCUGGAUGGAGUCCAAGCUCCCCGACUACGCUCAGGCCGAGGAGUUCGCCAAGGGCGUGCACGCCGUCUGGCCCGAGCAGAAGCUCGCCUACAACCUCUCCCCUUCCUUCAACUGGAAGACCGCCAUGCCCCGCGACGAGCAGGAGACCUACAUCCGCCGCCUCGCCCAGCUCGGCUACUGCUGGCAGUUCAUCACCCUUGCGGGUCUGCACACCACCGCGCUCAUCAGCGACCAGUUCGCCAAGGCGUACAGCAAGAUCGGCAUGCGCGCCUACGGCGAGCUCGUCCAGGAGCCCGAGAUCGAGACCGGCGUCGAUGUCGUCAAGCACCAGAAGUGGUCGGGCGCGACGUACGUGGAUGAGAUGCUGAAGAUGGUCACCGGUGGUGUCAGCUCCACAGCGGCGAUGGGCAAGGGUGUCACUGAGGACCAGUUCCACUAGAUGUGUGAUGUGAUAAGAGUGAUGGUGUCAUGAUCUGGGAGUUAU